GCGUGCCGCGCUCCGAUCAGCCGAAGGGCCUGUCGAAUGUACACAGCACCCCGACCCUCCGAAGUUCGGAAAGGGCGGGGAGCGAGGAGGAGGGCCGGGUGAUGGCGGUGGGACUUUUAAACCGGGUUUAGGGCCUGAGGCGAACGCCUCGCCGCUUCCCUCCGCCGUCAUGAGCGCGGCGGUUUUCUUCGGCUGCACCUUCAUCGCCUUCGGGCCGGCGUUCGGGUUAUUGCUGUUUACCGUGGCCGGGGACCCGCUGCGGGUGAUCAUCCUGGUCGCCGGCUCGUUCUUUUGGCUGGUGUCACUGCUGUUCUCCUCGCUGCUGUGGUUCGUGGCGGUGCAGCUCGGUAACAAGGCGAAUGCCGGGGUUCAGCAUGGGCUGCUGAUGAUGGGAGCCGGGGCCUCUGUCCUACUCCAAGAGGCCUUCCGCUUCGCGUACUACAAGCUGCUCAAGAAAGCCGACCAAGGUCUCGCUGCGAUGAGCGAAGACGGGAGGUCGCCCAUCUCGAUCGGACAGAUGGCAUAUGUUUCGGGUCUUGCCUUCGGCGUUGCCAGUGGUGCUUUCUCCGUCAUCAAUGUACUGUCGGACUCGCUGGGGCCAGGCGUGGUGGGCAUUCAUGGAGACUCUCCCUACUUCUUCCUUACCUCAGCUUUCCUGACCAUGGCUGUCGUCCUCUUACACACGUCCUGGGGGGUCGUGUUCUUUGAUGCCUGUGAGAAGAGGAGGUGGCUAUCUCUGAUGAUGGUCAUUGUCACUCAUCUGUUGACAUCUGGCCUGACAUUCCUGAAUCCUCGGUACGAGUGGAGCCUCCCUCUGAUCUAUGGCCUCACGAUUGCCACUGGAGGGUGGGCCUUUUUGACGGCAGGUGGAUCGGUGCGGAAUGUCUGGCGCUGUGUCACAUGUAGGUACACGAAGUGCUCGUGCUCUUGUCUCCCAGCGCCCCGGCGUGCUUCGUGCCUUUCGCCGCUUCGCAGCCGUCUGACCCCUACAUUCUGGUCUAUUCAGCUCUGCAGCCACCAGCUGAGGAUUGAUGGUCAGUCCCAGCACUCCCAACCCCUCGGCUCGGAUCUGCUUGCCUUUUCCCCGUUGCCCCCCCCCCCCCCCCCCCCACACACACACACACACACACACACACACACUGGGCACUGGUGCCCAGCUCCCCGCAGAACGCGGGGUGAACACAAGGACUCGGACUGCAAUUAUUUGUUGCACGUGUCGGACUGGGUGUUCGUUGUGAAGCAGACAGCAGAGGGGCCCCGAUAGCAAUUACCUCAAGAAACGACUCAGUUCGUCCACUGGAAGAAAUCAGACACCUCAAGGAACAAAGUCGACUACUGAGUGUGUUAUGGAACUUCUGAUUUAUUUUUCAAAGAACACCCAUUAUGGUGCAAUACUACAUUAGAGUGGGUGUGUGCAUGUGCAAUUUUUUUUGUCAUUAUUAUUUCCUAAUCUCUUAACUGUGUCGUUUGAAGCAAAAGGCAGGGGCCUAACCUCUAGCACUUGAGCUACUCUCCUCCUUUUGUGUUUUCUUACAGGACUUCAGUAGCAUUCCAGUUAAAUCUAUCAGGACUGUGUGACUGAGCGAGCAAGAGGGAAGGUCCUGUCUGUCCUCUGCAAUUUAUUUAAGAGGACCUGUCCAGCUCUUGUCGCUUAUAGCGAAACUACAGUUUAGCACUGCAGAGAGCGUAUGUUUAUAGGUAGAUAAUCACUGGGUUUGAAAAUUUUAAAGGCAAGAUGAAUUGGCCAUUCUUCCCCACCCUGAUUUGGGGGUGGAAUGUGAUUGUGCUUUCCACUGCUGAGCUGUGGUCUGUAAGAACUGUUGGUCUCGCCAUCUUGAGAAAAGACAGCCGCUGUUAACUCUCCUCGCACCUGCGUUUUAACCCACAGAUCUUAAAAUUCGCCACCAACGUGAAGUUUCUUCCUGCCCAGGGCCCAAACAGCCUGACAAUUUGCAGCUUCUCUUUUUGCAUGCCCCACCUCUCCUUAAAAAAAGAAGGUUUCUGAGCUGUGUUUAAGAGCAGGCAGGGGAGAUUAAAGGUCGGCAGGAAUAGCAUUUCAUCCCCAAACUUACCCCGCCCUCCCCAACGUACCACCACCAACAGCAAAAAAAGACUUGCUUCAGUACAGCUGUCCACCUCCCCUCAGGAUGCUUGUCACUGAUUUCUCUUCAGUUUAUCCUCCAAGAUCUAGUGGGAUGAUGGACUGACAUAGGGAAGGAUGAGUUGCAACUUUUAAGUAGCCCAGGUCCGAUCAGCAGAUACAGGUCCCAGGUAGCUGAGCAGCCUGUAUGUGCCUGCGUCAUCUUGCCCCCUUGAGAGGAAUGGGUUGAGCGAGGGCACAGAGAUGAGAGAACCGAUUUUACAUCAUUCUGUGAGGCCUACGUGCAACGGGGAAAGAAAUCGCAAAACAUCUGGGAAAUGUUUUUUUUGGGCUGCACUGAUGAACUGCCUUAAUGCAUGCUCAGAAUGAUAGGAAAGGCGCUGUGUAUUUGUUGAAUAAUGUGGGUAUUGUAACAAGCUGAUUCUGUGUGCGAUAUUGCACAUCUGUCUUUAAAAGAGCAUAACUAUUUCAUUUGAAAAUACAAUACUUUAAUUAUU